CGCUGUCAUCAUGAGUCCAGAAUCAGAAGCUCGCGCAGCGUCCAGCACCUGAUGGUCCAGCACGGUUGACCUCUGAUGGAUUUCUGUCAGCAGCCAGAGUGAAGCGGUCCAAGUGCAGCGAUAGCUCGGAGCCCUGAACCCGAACGCAGCGAUGACCGAGGAGUUGGUUUCAGCCCGACACAUGUGAGAUCGCUGACCCUGAGGUGAAGAUGCAGAGGACGUACAGGAUGAUCUUACUCGCACUGCUCGGACUGGUUGGAGCUUUAGCCAAUAAGGAGGAGUGUCAGUCCGGCCAGUACACCGCCACCGGGGAAUGUUGCAAGCAGUGUCCACCAGGAGAGGGUGUCGUCACCCCUUGUGGGUCCAAGCAGACUGUGUGCGCCCCCUGCCUUGACAGUGAGUCCUUCUCUGAAAACUUCAGCCACAAAGAGAAAUGUCAGCCCUGCACGCAGUGCGUGGGGCUCAUGCGAAUGGAUACACCAUGCACAGACUCCAACGACGCCACCUGUGUGUGCAACUACGGCCACUAUUUCAACAGCCUCUCGCAGAGUUGCACACCCUGCACCAAAUGUCCAGAGGGCCAGGGCAUGAAGUUCAGCUGCGAGCCCUACCACGAUACAGUGUGCGAGGAGUGUGGCGGAGAAACGUACUCGGAUCAGGAGAGCUCCUGGGAGCCAUGCAUCCCCUGCACCACCUGUGACGAAGAAGGAGAGGAAAUUCAACCCUGCACCACCGUCACUGAUACCAUCUGUCGAGCGUUGUAUCCCUCGAUUCCUCCCACAUUCUUCAUCGAUUACCCUACUUUCACCAAGGAACAACCGAUACGUACGUCGUACGCCCCUCCGCCAGAUGGACCCGGAGACGACACCACCACCCCCACCACCACCACCACAGACGGAGACUUGCGCAAGCCCAUCUCCGGGAGUCUCCACGACAAGCUCAUCCCCAUUUACUGCUCCAUCCCAGUGUUCGUGGUUGGCCUGGUGGCCUUCAUCAUCUUCAAAAAGUGGAAUAGCUGCAAGCAGAACAAACAAGGGGCCAACAACUGCACAGUCAACCAGAACCAGACGCCGUCCCCUGAGGGCGAGAAGCUGCACAGCGACAGCGGCAUCUCUGUGGACAGUCAGAGUCUGCAGGAGCAGCAGGGACAGUCCCAGGCACAGACUGUCAUCACCAUGGACGAGGAGCCGUGUUUGCUUCUUCCACUCCACACCAGAGAGAAAGUGGAGCGACUCCUGUUCAGAAGCAGCGGAGGGGACGACGGCAACCACGAGGACGACAGCGACUGGUGUAAUCUUGCCGGGCUCCUCGGGUACGAGGAAGAGCGCAUCGCCACCUUCAGGCAGGAAGAGCAUCCCGUCUGCGCGCUGCUGUCCGACUGGUCUGGCAAGGACUGCGCCAGCCUUGACAGCUUGUGCACAGCCCUACGCAAGAUCAACCGAAAUGACAUCGCCCAGAGCCUGACUCUCAGCCCUGGUGGAACCAAGCCCACCGCCACCUCUGUGGUGUGAUUUCAAACUCACAGUGUCAGAUCAGAACCCCAGCUCCCCUAACACCCCCGAUUAAAGACAUAAGAGUGAACAUGUAUUUGGUGUGUGAACUGUUAAGCGUCUCCACCCGGAUGGACUGCUAAAUCUCAGAUAGUUAACUGGACACAUGGGAAUUAGCUCUAAAAACAGGCGGAUGGAAGGAAACCAUUCAUUCUUUUUUUAAUGGAUUGCUGUCUUUUGACCUCCUGAAUCUGCUGAAUUUGGAGCGACAGUGGAGGACACUUGAUUCUUGCUUGAUGCUUGAUUCUUUUCUCCGCAACCUGAAGACUAAUUUGAGGCCUGUGAUACCAAAGAGAUGCAAGAGUGAACUGCCAGGCAACAUUACUUUCAUGCUGUUGAAGGCUCUAGCAUUUCAUUUGACAAAUGGCUUGUGUCUGUUGCUGCUGCCGGAUGACAGCCACAUACCACAGAGUUUCUGGAUCCCUGCAAGCAUGACAACCUGUGGAAGGAUGCUUCUGUGUUGUCUCACCAGAACCUGUUCUCCUCCAGCAAAAACAAGAGUCAUUCAUCGUCCUUGUGAAUCUUGCAAGAUUUUACGCGGUAACACUUAACGUUGCCACUUUGCGCCUAUCUCAAGUGACUUCUGCGGUAUUUCCCUUUUUCCAGCAAGUGCUAUAGGAACGUCCGGACAAACUAAAAGCUAACAUGACUCCACACUGAGGCCUUCAAGCAUUACAAACGCCACCACUCUGGCCUAUUAACUGCAUCCACUGAUGUGUCAAAGGGACUCGUGACCUGAGAUUUGUGUUUAUAGAGACAUGAUCUAACACCAUAUAUAUGUGUACACGUACAUAAGUAACCAUGCAUGUAUGACGCAAACAGAUGCUCACUCUCUGCCAUGUAUUGUACAGGACACCCUUGUGUUGGGACCAUAUACUGUCACUGUUAAGCCAUAUAAACAUCAUAUGAACCAUUUGAGGAACAUACUUAGUAGUUGAUGCAGUCCAUUUUUCACUGUCAUGCAUUUGACCUGUUUGAUUUUAUUAUGUCUUCAGUAGGAUUCAUACGUUUACAGGUGAAUAUACAAAGUCAUCUACAGGCUGCACAGUAAAUAAUUUAAAAUAUGCCGUUUACUAGUGACUUUAGUGACUUCUUGUGAUGGAAUGUAAACUUUGAAUCAUGACUCCGCAUUCUCAGCUAACUCUAGAGCAGUUGUGUUCAGGUUGUGAUCGGAUGCCAAUGAUGACCAAACAAAGCACCGAGAUAAACUUUUUAUCCACAGAGUUUGUUCACUAAAUGAGUUCAUCUGACCAAGUGGCUAAUAAUAAUAAUAAAAUAUGCAUUAAACAAGAAGUCUAAAAAAGGUUGCAAGCCCACUGCGUCCCCUUUGUCAGUUUGAGACCCCUGCCUCUUUGUUUUGGGGCAGGUUUUAAGACUCUGGUUUGCUUUCCACCAUUUAUAAUACAAGAUGAAUUUGUUUGCAUUCUGCUCUCUCAAAAUGACUUCAAAGCCAGAUUUAAAAAGGGACAUACACAAUGAUGCUUCUGGCAAGACACGCAAAUUCAUUUUAAAAAAGGUACCUUCUGUGGGAAGUAUCAUUUUCCUUUUUGUCAGAGUGGUAACACUACAGAUGCCCAACUGAAAUAUCACAGUUUUUCGAAGGGUGAAUUUGCCCGAAUUUGCCUUUCCAAUCGUUCCCAACCAAAUACACAUGAGAGUGCAAAGUUAAAUCCAAGGUUUCUCUCAACUGUAUGAUUUGUUUCUCAGGGUGUUCGGACAGACGAGUGACCACGCUGUAAGUAGCACAACAAGCUGGCGUUUUUACCAAAGGGGUAAUUUUGCGGCAUUUUGCGACAGACAGUUCAUCAACCAUACAGCAAAAAAGGAGAAAGAGGCCUGUAUUUGGGAGGAAGAGCGUCUAGUUUCUGCAUUGUUUGCAACAAUGACCUGUGGAUGAGUCAGUAGAGACAAGUCAAAGGAUCAAUGUUGAAUGAAGACAUGGCAAAGAGAAUUUGAAGAAAACGUUUUGGAUCACCGGGAUAAAAAAAAAAAAGGGCAUCAAUGGGUUUUUGUAAAUUAUUCAUUUUAACGAAAUAAAUCUUUUUGCCUGCCUGCUUUUUAAAAUAUAUGAAGGAUCUUGUUUUUAUUUUCAUUGUUAUCUCUGCACAUUGCCACCAUAAACUACAACUGAAGGCGUUCCCUCUAUUUCUUAAUAUUAUGUGAAUUUUAUGAAUUGAUUUGGAUAUAUUCUUUCUUUUUAUCCCUUUUUCUUUUUUUUUCAAACAGAUUGUAGCACUUAAAAGUGUUUUGUUUCUGAAUCACAUGUGCCUGGAGGAUUGUUCCGGUUUUUGGUGGUGUUUUACAUGUCUUCAUAAGUGUUUGUUUUGUAAAUACAUUGUUUGUUAUUGAAACUGUACAAUAUAUACAGAAGUCAGUUCAACUUCAAGACAGUCUGUUUCAUUUGAACAAUGAACAGGAUGGGAAGUGAGUUUGCCAGUGGGUUAACUCCAGAUUGAAAACUUACAGAAUGUACAUCAAUAAAAUAGAAAAAUAAGAGCAUUCUGAAUAUAAAAUGUAUUAACUGUGAUGACAAAGGACAAGAUUUUGGUGUGAUCAUGUCGAUGUUAGAGGCUGUAAUAAAGUAGUUG